AUGUGGCGGGAGGUUGUCCUUCUUAAGCAGCUCAAGGGGUGGGAAGAACUCGGGGUCAAAGGCUGUGUGGAGGAUGGGCAGAAUGAAAGGGAACGAGAGACCUUUACUCUUGCCGGAUUCUACCAGCGUCUCGUGCGGUGGAUCGCGGUUGAUGAUCAGUCUAUUAACGUCGUCGAUUGUCCAGAGCUUCGAGAUCUUUUGCUUUAUAUAAGUGUUGAUCUCAAGGACAGUGAUAUCCCCCAUCGCACAAAACUUUCUGAGCUUAUCACUGAGGCUUUCAAACGAGAAUAUGCACGAAUGCUCCUCAAUAUUCAGACUCUUGAAGGCUACAUGGCGGUCACGGUACACUAUGCGGCAAAAUCCAAGGAGACCGGGAAUCUUCUCAUACGAACGCAACUUGUCGCCUUUCGACAACUUUAUGGAAGCCACAGCGGUAUUAAUAUUGGUAAGGUAUUCCUGCAGAUCAUCAAGGAGAUUGACUGUUUGAACAAGCUUUCCAUGUUCACAAUGGAUAAUGCAUCCAACAAUGAUACCAUGAUGGAGGACCUUGAAAAUGAGCUUCACAAGCUUGGAAUUCCCUUUGAUAGGGAAGGGAAUCAGAUACGGUGCUUCCCACAUGUCAUUAAUCUAGCAGUGAAGGAAGCACUUUCCCUUCCGACAUUUGCUCUGCCGAGGACGAGAGUGCACGUGAACCAGACAUUGAAGACGCUCAAGCGCGCUUGUACAGACAACAAUAUCAGGAAUCUCUUGAAUCCGAUGUUGUGGCUGCAGUUAGACGAUUUGUUACUGCUUGUCGGGCAUCUGGACUGCAUCGGGAGGAGUUUGAGCGGAUCAUUUGAGAAGGGAACGAAGCAGGAGGCUGGGGAGAAGAGAAGCAAAGCCUUAAGAUUUCUUGAGCAAUAUCCUGCUGUCAAGAAGAUGAUCGAGGAAAAUUCAGACAUGGCAGCACACGAGUUCUCUGAUAUGGACCUUGAAGUACUCAGGCAUAUCUUUCACUUCCUCCAUUAUUUCCAUGUCAUACAGGAAAUCGUUUCUGGAGAGAGGACACCGACUUUAUCGAUCGUACUCCCUAUGUAUGAAAAGCUAAUUACUAUGCUCAGAGACCUACACCUUGAUCUUCCACAAAUUGCUCAUGCAAUUGAUGCCUUCAUCAGCAAACUCGAGGCAUACCUUAAGGUUUCUCGUCGAACGAAAGUGUAUGCUCUUGCAAUGGUCCUCAAUCCAAUGAUUGGCUUCCAGUGGAUAGAGAAGAACUGGAGUUCAGACGAGUACCAGGCUGCAUACAAAGCAGUACACGAUGCACUCCUUGAGUUUCAACACCACAAACAAAAAGAAGAAGAGAAGGAUACUCCAACACCGACACGACCAUCACUCCCAGAGCAGCCAGCAACACGAAGGAUUGAAAGGACCGCCUCAGCGUCCCAUGCUGCUCUUGCACAACGCUCCAGAUGGCAGCGCUUCAAUGCUCUUGGUCGUCCCACUACCGCCGGUGUGCCUCAAAGUCCUGAAGAAAUAGAGAGAGUUGCCCUGGAGGCAGACAAGAGAAUAGUUGACGAGGCUAUAGUGAAAUACAAGGCGGCCUGUGCAAAUCCAGACUGCGACGACUCAAGAUUUCAAGACUUUGAUCUGCUUCAAUGGUGGCAGGUCCACCAGGGGGAACAUGAGCUCUUCUGGAGACUCGCCCUUGAUGUCCUUCCUGUUCAGGCAUCUGCAGUCCCUUGCGAGCAUGUUUUCUCAUCGAGCAAGGAAACAGAUGUCUGCAGAUGGUCGAAAAUUGCUCCUCUGAAGAUGGAGGAACUUCAAAUGCUGAAGUUCAUCUACAGGAAUGAUUGGUUGACAUUCGCAGAUGGGCUGGUUUGUACGGAGCAGGAGUUUAUGAUAGACGAGUUAAGGAAGUACAUAGACAAGUCACUCAAAGGGUGGGGUGCAGAAAAGAAGGACGAUGCAUCCUCGAUCAGGGACCUGGACUCACUUAUAGCUAAUGCCAUUUAA